ACUCCAUUAAUUCCUCACUCGCUGCUGCAUCGGACCACCGGCGUGCCCCACCAUGUCAGACGCGGCAGUGGACACCAGCUCCGAGAUCACCACCAAGGACUUGAAGGAGAAGAAGGAAGUUGUGGAGGAGGCAGAGAAUGGAAGAGAUGCACCUGCCAAUGGGAACGCUCAAAAUGAGGAAAAUGGGGAGCAGGAGGCUGACAAUGAGGUAGAUGAAGAAGAGGAAGAAGGUGGGGAGGAAGAGGAGGAGGAGGAAGAAGGUGACGGUGAGGAAGAGGAUGGAGAUGAAGAUGAGGAGGCUGAGGCUCCUACGGGCAAGCGGGUAGCUGAGGAUGAUGAGGAUGAUGAUGUUGACGCCAAGAAGCAGAAGACUGAGGAGGAUGACUAGACAGCAAAAGGAAAAGCUAACCUUACGCACUGUGACCUAUUCACCCUCCACUUCCUGUCUCAGAAUUUAAACGUGGUCACCUUCGAGUAGAGAAGCAGGCCCCGCCCACAGCGGGCAGUGCCAUCCACAGAUGACACGCUCUCCACCACCCCUCCAAAACCACAACAUGAAUUGGCAACAUGGGAGGAAAAAGAACCAGAACUUCCCAGGCCCUGCUUUUUUUCUUAAAAAUACUUUAAAAGGAAAAUUUGUUUGUAUUUUUUAUUUACAUUUUAUAUUUUUGUACAUAUUGUUAGGGGUCAGCCAUUUUUAAUGAUAACGGGUGACCAAACCAGCCUUCAGAGCGUUUUCUGUCCUACUUCAGACUUUACUUGUGGUGUGACCAUGUUCAUUAUAAUCUCAAAGGAGAAAAAAAACCUUGUAAAAAAAGCAAAAACAACAACAAAAAACCAAUCUUAUUCCAAGCAUUCCAGUAACUUUUUUUGUGUAUGUACCUAGCUGUACUAUAAGUAGUUGGUUUGUAUGAGAUGGUUAAAAAGGCCAAAGAUAAAAGAUUUUUUUUCCUUUUUUUUUUUUUUUUUUUUUGUCUAU